AUGACCUCGCUAGAGGACUUUGACCGCCAAGUCAAGGCGCUCAUCACCAAGGGCAAGCUGUCGAGUUCGGCGGUCGACGGGGUGACAAAGGCGGCAAUGGCCAAUGUAGGGGCCGACUCGCACCUCGUUUCGACGCUGUACCGCCAUCACAAGAAGGCGACUCCGUCUCACAAGCUCACGUCGCUCUACCUCAUUGAUGCGGUCGCGCGCGAGGCUCGUUCGCGGCAGAAGAAGGCCGACAAGGAAGGCAAGGGCAAGGAGAAGGCCGCUCCUGCACCAGCGGGUUCGACCACGCCCUCGGGCAGUCCUCCUCCCGACGACGGUGCAGGUGCCGGUGCGAGCGGAGACGGGACGUUUGCGACGUUCCUGAAGAAGCUCGAGGCUGUGUUGGGCAAGAUUGUACUGGACAACUGGGAGAACGGCCUGCCUGAGCACAAGGAAAAGGUCCGCAAGGUGCUGGACAUCUGGACCAAAGCGUCGACUUUCAGCUCGUCGACCAUCGCCAAAAUCAGCUCGAAGCUGCUCGCGACUGCCAGCACUUCCGCCGCCGCUCCUGCUCCCACUCGCGCAGCUUCUCCCGGCCGACCGUCUCUCAGUCCAGGUCCAGUCUCCCCGCCCCGCGACUCGACGCCCUCCACCUCUUCCGGCAUCCCCGCCAAUGUCCUCGCCCUCCUCCAAGCUUCGACUCAAGCAGCGCCGAGUCAAGCCGCUCUCGAGCAGAAGAAGCAGGAGGAAAUGGAGAGCGAGAUCGAGCGGGUUUUGCGUGAAGCAAAGGAGGGGUCUUCGAGCGCGACUUAUAGUGCUCCUCCGCCCGCGCAGCCUCAACCAGCGCAUUACGGCUCCAACUACCCUUCUGCGUCCACCUCUUCCGCAUACUCGACUCCCUCAUACCACCAACCUCCUCCUUCCGCCUAUCCUCCUCCUUCCAGCUCGACUCCCGUCCACUCGUCCCACCAGUACACUUCCGGCUACGGCUCCGGCAGCCAGCAUCCUCCGCCACCGCCGCCUUCGCACGCUCAGCAGCCGUAUCAAGCGCAGAGCUAUCCUCAGCAGUACCAGCAGCCCCCGCCACAGUAUCCUCCGCAUCAGCAGUAUCAGCAGCAACCGUCCUCGUAUCCGCAGCAGCAUCAGCCAUCUUCGUAUCCGCCUUCGCAGCAGCAGCCCCAGAAGCGGACUCGUUGGGACGACGGCACCUCGAAUGGCGGCGGCUAUCAGUCUCGUCCCCACGAAUACGAGCGUCAGCAAGCUCCGCCGCGCUCGUACGAUACCUACGGACGUGAUGAGCGGGGCCAUGGUGAUUCAUACGGGCGAAGGGAGGAGCCGCCUGCGAAGAGGCCUUACCAGCCGCCUACGGAACGGCCUUCCCAGCCAGAGCUUUCGCUUCCAACGCGCCCACCGAUCCCCUCGCGUCCUGAUGCGCCGGUCGAGUCGUACUCCGCGCCUCCAUCGACGGCGACACAACCUUCCGCUCCAUCGACCGCACCUCCUCCCUCCACUCCUCCUAACCCCGCUCCUGCUCCAGCUCAAUCCCUCGUCGCCCCUCCACCUCCGCCUCCCUUCGACCCUACCACCUUCGACGCCACCUCCCCCGACUCCUGGACCGCCUUCGUCGGCGUCCUCCGCGCCGCCCAUCCGUACUUCGCUUCGCUCGGACGGAUGCCGUACAUGGAGGAGGUCGUCAGUCUUUGUAUGCCGGCUGCGAUGAUGGCGUUUGGGACUCCUGUGGGUGGCGGAGGGAUGAUUGGCGCUGUGGGCGGGAUGGGCGGGAUGGGAGGGAUGGGCAUGGGGGUGCAAGGAAUGGGAGGAGAAGGAGAGCGGGAAGACGAGGCGGCUGGCGGAGGAGGCGAGGGAGGCGACGAGUACAGCGGGAACGAUGGGCAGGCGUACUGA